UGCUGCUAAUUAGCGUUUUUUGGGAAGUUGCUGUGUUUCCGCGUGAGCCGGAUGAAGCGGUUGAGCUUCGCGCGCCAGGAGUCGUUGAUCUGAUCCCGGUCGGGGGUAGCAGCGAAGGCCGCUCGCCUCGUUUGUCCCGCACCCGUGCAGCCGCCGCCGCCGGGCGACUCGCCUCCACAUGCACAGGCACCAGGAGCAGCGAUGCCGUUCUCCUCAGCGCGGCGACAAGUUCCAGCGGAAAAAGCUGUUAGGAAAUUCGGGCGCCUCCAACAGGGAGGCUGCCCUCUGGCCGCAACGCGAAGAAGCAGAAGGAAAAAACAAAUUUAACAUGAAUAUCAAAAUGUUGACUGAUGAUGUGCUGGAUAAAUUUGCAAGUAUUCGAAUUCGAAGCAAGCGCGGUAGAGCACCUCUUCCAAAUGUUAAACAGCCUCAACUUCCUAGGAAUGAUUGGUCUGGAGUAUCCUCCGAAAAUGAAAACUCAAAUCAGCUGCCAGAAAAGGAAGUUAUUUUACUGUUUGAAAGAAUGAUGGAAGAUAUGAACUUAAAUGAAGAUCGAAAGGUUCCUCUGCGCGAGAAGGACAUUGAUACGAAAAGAGAAAUGGUUGUCCAGUACAUUGGUGCAUCUUCAAAUACCAGUGGUUUGAAAAACAAGCAGUACAGUGCUACAUUACCCCAUGAGUUCAUCUAUGAGCUAAGAAUGGCUGCUGGAGAUGAAAGACUUCUUGCUUCUCUGGAAUCGCUUCGUGUUUCAUUGACCAGCAAUACUGUCAGUUGGGUUGAAAGCUUUGGAAAUGAAGGUUUGGGUCAGCUGUUGGAUGUCCUGGAGAAAUUGCUUGAUAAAAAGCAUAAAGAAAAAAAUGACUUCAAGAGUCAACAUAAAGUGAUUCAGUGUUUGAGGGCAUUCAUGAACAAUAAGUAUGGAUUGGAAAGAAUCUUGGGUGAAGAGCGAAGUAUAUUCCUGUUGGCCAGAGCUAUUGAUCCCAAGCAGCCGAACAUGAUGACCGAUGCGGUCAAGCUUCUAUCUGCUAUCUGUAUUGUUGGAGAAGAACAUAGCCUUGAAAAAGUUUUAGAAGCCAUAACUACAGCAGGAGAAAUAAGAAGAUGGGAAAGAUUUUACCCCAUUGUGGAAGGUCUACAUGGCACUUCUGUGCAAUUACAGGUGGCAUGUAUGCAACUCAUAAAUGCACUUGUGACCACUCCUGAUGAUUUAGAUUUGAGAAUGCACAUUCGUAAUGAGUUUGCACGCUGUGGUCUGAAAGAUCUACUUCAAGAGUUAGCAUUAAUUGAAAAUGAUGCAUUGGAUAUUCAGCUGAAAGUAUUUAAUGAGCACAAAGAAGAAGAUAUGGUUGAGUUUUCACAUCGGCUAGGAGAUAUUCAAUCUGAAUUAGAUGACAUAAAUGAUGUGUAUAGUCUGCUAUCUAACACAGUGAAGGACACAGAAGCUGAAAGUUACUUCCUGUCCAUUCUUCAACACAUGUUGUUAAUCAGGAAUGACUAUUUUGUCAGACCCCAGUAUUUUAAGAUAAUUGAAGAAUGUAUUUCCCAGAUAGUGUUACACCGCAGUGGGAUGGAUCCUGAUUUUACUUACCGCAGACGAUUGGAUGUAGAUUUUGAACAUCUCAUAGAUGUUUGUGUUGACAAAGCAAGGGUGGAUGAAUGUGAACAAAUGGUUUCAGAAUUGACUAGAAAGUUUGAUGAAGAAUCUACAGCCCGGCAAGAGGCACAGGCUCAAAUGCAAAAGAAGGAAGAAAAAAUCAAUCAGCUUGAAGCCGAAUUGAAGAGUCUCAGAGCUCAGCUGACAGGAUCACCAGUAAAUGUACUGGCUGCAAUGUCCAGUGCAGAAGGUGUAGUCACAAAAGAAAAUUCUUCAUGUCAGAUUGGAGUGCCACCAGCAGGACCAGGAGUCUUUCCUCCCCCUCCUCCUCCUCCUCCACCACCACCACCGCCCCCACCUCCACCACCUCCUCCGCUUCCAGGAUUUGCAGACGGACAGUGCUCUUCAACUUCUCUUUCACUGCCACAUGGAUUGAAAGCGAAAAAGGACUUCAAACUGGAUAUUAAUAUGAAAAGAAUCAACUGGUGUAAGAUCAGACCAGUUGAAAUGCCGGAGAACUGUUUCUGGAUAAAAGCAAAUGAAGACAAAUAUGAAAAUCCUGACCUGUUUGCUCAGAUUAGUGUAACAUUUGGUGCACAGAAACGAGAUGAAAAAGAUGAAUAUCAGGAGAGAAAAAACAUGAAGAAGAAAAUUAAGGAGCUUAAGGUCUUAGACCCAAAGAUAGCACAGAAUCUCUCUAUUUUUCUUGGAUCUUUCCGGAUGCCUUAUGAGGAAAUUAAAAAAAUUAUUUUGGAAGUAGAUGAAGACCAAUUGACUGAGUCCAUGGUCCAGAAUUUGCUGCACCAUCUACCAGAACAGGUGGUUACCUUGGCACGUUUCAAGGACGAUUACAAUAAUUUGUCAGAACCAGAGCAAUUUGGAGUAGUGAUGAGCAGCAUCAAGAAGCUGCGUCCACGACUGAAUGCUAUUUUAUUCAAGCUUCAGUUUGAAGAGCAGGUAAAUAACAUCAAACCUGACAUUAUGGCUGUCACUACUGCUUGUGAGGAGAUAAAGAAGAGCAAGAACUUUGGCAAGAUGCUGGAGCUGGUGUUGUUGAUUGGAAACUACAUGAAUGCUGGGUCUCGUAAUGCUCAAACAUAUGGCUUCAACAUCACCUUCCUGUGCAAGCUGAAUGAUACCAAAUCAACAGACCAGAAAAUCACAUUUCUGCAUUUCCUAGCACAAGUUUGUGAGGAGAAGUAUCCAGAUGUUUUGAAGUUUACAGAUGAUCUACAAAAUGUGGACAAGGCUGCAAAAGUAUGUGCAGAAAACUUGGACAAGAGCCUUAAGCAGAUGGAGAAACAGCUUCAACAGCUUGAAAAGGAUUUGGAAACUUUUCCUCCAGCAGAGGACAUGCAUGACAAGUUUGUGACAAAAAUGUCCAGCUUUGCCAGAUAUGUCCACGAAGUGUACCAGAAACUGGCCAACAUGCAUGAGAACAUGGAGAAGCUUUACCUUGAUUUGAUGCGCUAUUUUGUUAUCAAUCCAAAGAAAGUCACAAUAGAGGAAGUUUUUAAUGAGAUCAGUAACUUCAGAUCCAUGUUUUUGCAAGCUUUUAAAGAAAAUGUGCGGCAGCGAGAGGUAGAAGAAAAGCUGAGGCGUGUCAGGAUGAACAGAGAGAAGGCAGAGAAGGAAAAGCAGGAGAGACAGAAAAGGAAGCAGCAGCUGCUGGAGAAAAAUUCAGAGGGUGAUGAGACAGGAGUGAUGGAUAGCCUGCUGGAGGCGCUACAGUCGGGUGCUGCUUUCAGAGAACGAAGGAAGCGGACACCAAGGCCUAAAGAUACUCGGCAGAGUACAAGCCCGAAUUCACAAUGUUCUGUUUUGAAGACAUGGAACCAAGAAAAUCAAAAGGCUCAAAUGGAAAGGUCACGUUCUCGCCAGAAUAUCCACUUAAAUACAACAAGAAUUCCGUUCAGCAAGGAGCUCAGUUAUGAAGUAGAGGCUCAUUCAUCUAGCACAAGGAGCAAAGUGGCCAGCAGAAGAGAUGGACAUGCUUGUUUAGACAUGAGGGAGAAAGAACUGAAAGCUAUUAGUUCCAGUGCUAAGGGUGCUGCUGUUCCUGAAGUAGAAGCACUUUUGGCUCGGUUACGUGCUCUGUAGAGCCAAGAUCAACACAGAUGUAAUUCUGCAGUCAUACUCAGGUCACUAUGAGACCAAGCCAAUGGAUCCUGUCAGAUACAAGUCCUCAAGCUCUUGGUGUAGCACUUUGUGAAUUGAGAAAGCCAGUAAUGAUUGAAAUUGAGAUUAAGGAACAGAAGCUAUUUUUCAGUAUGGUGAAGCAAAGCUGCAAGACCCUGUGCCUGCAAUUAUAUAUCUCAUUUAUGUGGAAAUUUACUGAUCCAAAUUGUCUUCCAUUUUCCUUACUAUUGAUACAGUAUCCUGCCUCUAAAUCAGGUGAUGCUUCAACUAUUUUCAAUUUGUAAAGUAACAUAGCCAGUGUGUUUGGAGAAAAUCAACAAGACAUCAGAUUGGGAUGUUUAUAUAAAUGUAAAACAUCACAUAAACAUUUCUCAAAUCAGUUUUAAUAUUAAUCACCUUUUAAAUCAGAAAUACAAGAUGUCUUUCAACUGCAGUAGUGAAUUCUUCAAUAUAUAAUAGGCAGAGAUUAAAUAUGGAACUAACUCAGUACCCACUGUGUGAACAGAGAUAUUUUGAUCAUUCCAUUAUUUGCAUCACACUGAAAUAUAACUUGUUUUUAACAAUGCUAUACCAGGCAAAUACUCAUAGAAGAUAAUAUAAAUUAUACCAAGCUUCCUUACCACCUAUCGCAAAAAUAAUUGUUUUAGAAAAUACACUACAGUUUGUGGUGUGUUUAGCGGCAUAUUACAAUGACAUUGUUUAUGUACCAAAGAAUAUAUAAACGUCAUAAAAUAGAAUUUAAAACAUUAUAUAUAACAUAUGUAGAACUGUUUUCUCUAUAAUAUUCAUGUAUACAUCUACAUAUAUAUUAUUUAUAUUCAUUUAUGUCACAUGAUUGUUUAGAUCCGGGGUUUAGAACCUCGGGUCCACGGAUCACUUGCUUAAUGAUAUUGUUCCAUAGCAUAUAAAAGAUAGGGAACCCCUGGUUCAGAUUGACUGUUAGAGCAACGUUUUAUUUUAUGAUACUUUUAUUCUUUGAAACAAAAAUGCAUAAGUAUCAAAGCGAUCUGGUUACACACAGUGUAAGAUAGUGCUCACCACCAUUGCAUCUUUACAGUAAUAGCUAUUGAUUAGAAUUUGAUGUAUGUUAAUUUGUUAUCCAUAUAUUCUGAAUGAGCUAUUUAUCACAUCUGAAUAUAUAGAUGUCAUCCUAUUUUUAUAUUCAUUUGCUUCAUGCUCUUCCCAAUUUUGCAUAAGCUGUUGUUUUCCAUUGCAAGUAGGCUGCUUAUCCCUCCUUGUAUUGUCAAAUCACUUUCAGCUGGCUGCCUUCACUUUUCAGAUCAGCGCUGAUAGGAAGAAAAUAAUACCUUUGCAUAUAUUAUACAACAUAAUAAAGGUCACUGAAUGUAUGGCAGAAAACUUGCCUUUUAAGUUUGGGUUUAUUUGAGCCAAUGAUUUACUAGAACUAACAUUUAACCACACACGUCUGUUAUUCAAUAUACAUAUCUAUUGUUUUAUACCUGAACACUGCAGAUUAAUGAAUGUAUUCAUAGCCAAAAUCUACUUCAAACUAUAGUUUGUACAAAAUUAUGUAACUCUUUCAGUGAUUGACAUUGCAAAUAACUUGCACAAGGUAAUUUAAUAUUUACAGAUUACACCAACACUUUGUGCUGUAAAACAUAUAUAAAUGUAUUAGUAAGUUUCUUGCUUAUAAAAUUUGUAUCUGCUCUAUAGCAGAACAGAAUUAUUAGACAUUUAUAUGUUCCAAUAAGGGCAAUAUUCACUUUGUUAUUACGCUUGCUGGUCUGACUUACUGUCUUAAUUCCUCAAUGUAAUGGGUAAUAGAUCAUUUAGUUGAUAAAGGAAGAGGGCUUAUUAAGUAGAAUUGAAAUAUUUCUUUAAUAAAAAUU